GCUAAACAGCAGCAAGUUAUAUUGAUGGUUGAUAGUUUGUUGUUAUAUAUGUGGUAGUUGAGUAGAAAUGUUUUAAGUCUCUUGGUUGUUUACUUUAACUGGACCUGCGGAAGCUUGCUUCAGCAGUGUCUCAGUGUUCUGCCAAACGUUACCUUGUGAACGGUGGCCCAGGAGUCAGCGGGUGGCCAUGGGAGACACAGACGGUGUGAAUGCCGACCCUGAGCUGCAGAGUUUUGGUUGGAAUUCGUCGCAGCUUCGUUCGUACCCAUUCUCUUGUCGUCAAAUACCGCGAUUGUCGCACGCUGACCCGCGGGCUGAGGCCUUCAUCGAUAAUGAGGUUGUAUUUGCAGCAAACCUUAAAUGAUACUGUGGGGCGAAAAAUUGUGGUAGAUUUUCUGGGCUUUAACUGGAAUUGGAUCAGUAAACAACAGGCAAAACGAGGCUGGGGACCUCUAACUUCUAACUUACUUUUAAUUGGAAUGGAAGGGAAUAUAACACCAGCACAUUAUGAUGAACAGCAGAAUUUCUUUGCACAGAUUAAAGGCUACAAGCGUUGUAUUCUUUUUCCUCCAGACCAGUUUGAGUGCCUCUAUCCCUAUCCAGUUCACCAUCCCUGUGACAGGCAGAGUCAGGUUGAUUUUGAAAAUCCUGAUUAUGAAAGAUUUCCUAAGUUCAGGAAUAUAGUUGGUUAUGAAACUGUGGUGGGACCAGGAGACGUACUGUAUAUCCCCAUGUACUGGUGGCAUCAUAUUGAAUCUAUUCUGAAUGGGGGCAUCACCAUCACUGUUAACUUUUGGUACAAGGGAGCUCCAACCCCUAAGAAAAUAGAGUACCCUUUGAAGGCUCAUCAGAAGGUUGCAAUCAUGCGAAAUAUUGAAAAGAUGCUGGGGGAAGCCUUGGGAAACCCACAGGAGGUUGGUCCCUUGUUAAACAUGAUGAUUAAAGGGCGCUAUGAUCAGACAUUGACAUAAUAGUAAAACUAUCAGCUGUUGGAGGAAAUGACUCUAUUAACUUGCUGCUAAUUAUUGCACGCAGCACUUACAUGCUGGUGGGUUCCCUCUUUCACAUUCUUACAUGCCUCAGUUUAUACAUGGAACCAAAAAUGAAAGGGUAAUUUGAAAAGAAAGUCUGCAUUGGCAUAUUUUCUGUCCUUAGUCCUUUUGGAUGUGCUCAUGGCAAAUCCAUCUACUUUCCUGUUUGACCUGCCUGAGGACAUUUGGAGAGAGAGAGAUGUACAAAGCUUUGAUUUCAAGUUCAGUUUUCACCAGAUCACAGCAGAAUCCACUGUUCGUCUAGGCUUAAAUAACUUUGCCAUGCAGGUCUUUUGGUGGUACGUUGAACUCACACGGAAUAAAUGGCCUUCACUCUAGUGACCCUGAACCACAGAAGAUGUUUGCUUAAGAUGAGUUCCGAGUGUACUGCAGUGCCUCAACUACAAGUUGAGAUUGUGGCUGUGCGUGAUACACAGCUUCUGUUCUGUUGCAUUAUACAUUUUUGUAUGUACCAGCAUGACAUUGAUUUAUUAUUAUCCUGGAUGGGUUGACAGAGUUUUCCCGUGUUUUGUGUUCAGUGUUUUAAUCGCCAGUUUGAUUUUCUGUGCAAAAAAAGUUUUUGUGAAAUGAUUCUGUCAGUAAAUCUGAAUAGUGGUGGAAGUUUUCAUAUGCGAAAUGUUGCAGAACUGAUGAUCAUUUAAAAUUAUGAGUUCUGUAUAAUAGAUGCUUUUGCAGUUUGGACAGACAUUGCAGCAAGACCAGUGAUCAUUGAAGGGAUUGGUUUGGAGAAAGGAUAGGAUACACUUCUGAAGUAUAACAACCAACUAACUAGUGUAAGCAGGUUGCUACUCCAGUGUUGCUACCCCAUGAGUAGAUUGUUAUGCUUGCAAUAUUAGUCAUAAAUUGCAACAUUUUUGUCUUUAUGGGUGCACACAAGUGAGUGAUCACAGUGUGGCAAGCUUAUACAUCUCUAAUCUGAUGCAGUUUGAGCAUAUUUAGGAAAUGCUGUAUGUGGUUCUGCUGAUGUUUUUAUCUGAAUAUGAAUGAUCAAACUAAUUCUUCUGAUGUAUUUUUAUCUGAAUGUUCAAACAAGUAAAUCUGCUGUACUUUCCGAUGCUACUCAUUGGUUGGCACCUAACUGUUCUUACAGAAGUAAAAUUUAUUAAGGUGGAUAUUAGCGGCCUGCUUGCACCAAGUUACACCUCAGUAUUUUAUUUCUUUGUUGUGUAGCACAGAAGAAUAGAAUCUUAACUGUAACCAUUUGACCUAAGGUUUUUUUUUAACAUUCUGGCCCCAGAUGGGCUGGCUGGAGAGGGAUGAGAGUGAAUGGCCGACUCCAGUUCAUUUGGGAAAUGCCGGUUUAAAUCCUAGCCCAGGAACACUCCCUGGUAUUUACUGUACACAGACACUGUGUGAUGUCAGCAAAAGAUUGCUUGGCACACUAGAUAGAUAUUGCAGAUUUGGGGAGUGUACUCCAAGGGGGGGGGGGUAUGGACAAGCAUUUGCACCACUUUUCUAGUAAAAGUGGAAGGGCUGUAGCUUCAUGUUCCAAACCUCCUAGGCCUCCUCAGGACAGUGGUCACAAUCAGUCUUUCACUUGCCUCCCUGUUUCUCCUCAUACAUUGGAAGUAGUGGAGGGACUGAAUGUGCAUAUUGAUUAAUCUCUGAUUGAGGAAGGGGAAAGAGUACCAGAAAACAAGUUCCUUGUUCUUUCUUGUGUAAGUGUGUCGCUUUUAGACAGUUGAUUGUGAUAAGAACGUAGUUAAGACAUAUAAGGUUACUCUGCAAGCUGACCCACAUAUCUUUUGCCACAUUUGAAAAGAUAAUUUGCACAUAUGCAUGUUUGCAAAUUCUAAACUGAUGUAAAUGUUAUAUAUACAUGCCUAUGUUUAUGUACAUAUAUGCACACACACUUAGACACUUGGUAGGGCUGAAUGCUUGCAGUGUGUAAACCCUUAUGUUGUAAAUUCAGAACACUUUCAUAUUUAUGAAAUCAACAGUUACAACUGCUGAUUCGCUGUACCUUGAGCAUUUUUUCCUUAAAUCAUAGAACAGGUGAUAUUUACAGUGAAUAGGGAGUGAGAUUAUUUUACAGUCAAAAGGAAAAAAAUGCUUGAAUUAAAAUUUCUUUCUACAUUUGUUUAAUCCUUGAAUAUUGAUCAGUAAACAAAAAGCUGGUUCAUGCCUUUUUUUUAAACUGUG